UCAGAACGGUGCGUUUCAUAUUGAUAAGGUACUAUCAAUAUGUCUCGUCUCUUUCUCUUUCUUUGUUUCUUUUGCUAUUAUUCACAAAAACUCUCUUUCGCAUUGAUUAUUAUUCCCAUUGCUUGUUUGUCUUCAUCUUCUUCCUCCUCUGUUCUUUCAAGGGGAUCCAAAUAUGAACACAACCCAAAUUCUAAACCCGACCCGACCCAUUUGGCCCAGUUUCUCUUCGUCCAAAUCUCUUAGCGGUGAUGCUAACUGCAUGGAGCAGCUUCUCCUCCAUUGCGCAAACGCCAUCGAAUCAAACGACGCCACGUUGGCUCAACAGAUCAUUUGGGUGCUCAACAACCUCGCUUCACCCGACGGCGACUCAACUCAACUCAAAGACUCGCUGCCUCUUUCCUCCGCGCGUUAAUAUCACGCACCGCCUCCAAAAGCCCUGCGUUUGCGUUUCUAUCACUGGCUGCUACAGCUUCCAUAUCCCAGAAAACGCUACACCGGUUCUCCGUCAUAGAGCUCGCUGAGUUCGUCGACUUGACGCCAUGGCACCGUUUCGGAUUCAUAGCCGCCAACGCCGCAAUCCUCGACGCCGUAGAAGGUUACUCAUCCGUUCACAUCGUUGACUUAAGUUUGACUCACUGCAUGCAAAUCCCUACUCUUAUAGACUCCAUGGCAAACAAACUCCACAAAAAACCGCCUCCGCUUCUCAAACUCACCGUCAUUGCUUCCGACGCUGAAUUUCAUCCGCCGCCGUUGCUCGGAAUCUCCUACGAAGAGCUAGGUUCAAAGCUAGUAAACUUCGCAACCACACGUAACGUUGCAAUGGAGUUUAGAAUCAUAUCUUCUUCUUACUCCGACGGCCUCUCCUCCCUUAUCGAACAACUAAGAAUCGACCCAUUCGUCUUCAACGAAGCUCUCGUCGUUAACUGCCACAUGAUGCUUCACUAUAUCCCCGACGAAAUAUUAACUUCGAAUCUCCGAUCAGUUUUCUUGAAAGAACUUCGAGAUCUAAACCCAACGAUCGUAACCCUUAUCGACGAAGACUCGGAUUUCACGUCGACUAACUUUAUCUCCAGGUUACGGUCUCUUUAUAACUACAUGUGGAUUCCUUACGAUACCGCCGAGAUGUUUUUGACACGUGGUAGCGAGCAAAGACAGUGGUAUGAGGCAGAUAUAAGUUGGAAGAUAGAUAACGUAGUAGCCAAGGAAGGUGCGGAGAGAGUGGAGAGAUUAGAGCCGAAGAGCCGGUGACUUGAGCGGAUGAGGGAAGCUAAGUUUACCGGAGUUGGGUUCGGUGAGACGGCGAUGACAGAGGUUAAAACAAUGCUGGAGGAACACGCCACCGGUUGGGGAAUGAAGAAAGAUGUUGACGACGAUAAUGACGUGGAACGUUUUGUGCUGACGUGGAAGGGACAUAGCGUUAUGUUUGCUUCGGCUUGGGCACCACCAAACUAAAUUAAUGGGGUUGCUGUGCUUAUCAUGUCUUAGUUAACCCGACCCCGACCCGUUGUGUCUGAAUUGUGCUGACUUGCAAACUCUUUUUAUUUAGCAAAUCAAGUAACAUGAUUGGUCCGU